AUGGUCGGCUUCGCGCACCUUUUUGCUGGAGUGUCACUUCCCGCCCUCGCUUUCGGCGCGGCUCAGCAGGAUCCCUUACAACCCUUUUCGAAUUUAGCGACCGCGACCGAUACCGCCGAGCGGACUCAGUUCACUCUCGCCGACUAUGUUGAUGUCGGCGAAGAGCUGAUCGCCAAUGUUGACGACCCACAAGCCGUCAACGCCCAGUCCGUCUGUCCCGGGUACAGAGCAUCCAAUGUGCAACACUCAACUCAUGGGUUUAGUGCCAGCCUAGAGCUAUCAGGAAAACCGUGUAAUGUAUAUGGGACAGAUGUCGAGUCGUUGGUCGUGGAAGUGCAAUUUCAGGACACAGACCGCUUAAACGUACAAAUCACACCGACCUAUGUGGACGCUUCAAAUGAGUCUUGGUAUGCCCUCCCAGAGGAAUUGGUGCCCCGCCCAGCAACGGUCCCAGACGCUUCAGAGUCACACAGUGACUUCUCUGUAACAUGGUCCAAUGAGCCGACCUUCAACUUCCAGGUAACCCGGAAGGCAACUGGGGAGGUCCUUUUCGAUACGGCUGGGUCUGUGUUGGUCUUUGAAAAUCAAUUUAUUGAAUUCGUGACGACUCUCCCGGAGGAAUACAAUCUUUAUGGGCUAGGAGAACGCAUUAACCAGCUACGGCUCUUAAGGAACGCCACCCUGACUACCUACGCGGCUGACAUCGGGAACCCAAUUGAUGAAAACUUAUAUGGGCACCAUGCGUUCUAUGUAGAUACCAGAUAUUACACAGUCGAUGAACAGACUGGAGAGCAUACGUAUGUGAAGAGCAGUGAGGCUGAUGCCACCCAAGACUAUGUCUCAUAUUCGCACGGAAUUUUUCUCAGGAAUGCUCAUGGCCAGGAGGUUAUUUUGAACCCCAAAGGCCUGACAUGGCGGACUAUAGGAGGAAGCAUCGACCUCACCUUCUAUUCAGGGCCGACUGUAGCAGAAGUAACGGAGCAAUACCAACGCAGCACCGUCGGGCUCCCUGCUAUGCAAAAAUACGACACGCUUGGCUUCCAUCAAUGCCGAUGGGGCUACAACAAUUGGUCAGAAUUUGCAGAUGUUCUUGCCAAUUUCGAGAAAUUCGAAAUUCCCCUGGAAUAUCUCUGGGCCGAUAUAGAUUACAUGCAUGGUUAUAGAGAUUUUGACAAUGACCAGAAUCGAUUUUCUUACAGUGACACCGAAGCUUUCUUGGAUAGUCUCCAUGCAGGUGGACGUCAUUUUGUCCCCAUUGUUGAUGCGGCUCUAUACAUCCCGAAUCCCGAGAACAGGUCAGACACAUAUGACACUUACACCAGAGGCGCAGCAAAAGAUAUCUAUCUCAAGAAUCCAGAUGGCAGUCUCUAUGUUGGGGCCGUCUGGCCUGGGUACACCGUGUACCCCGACUGGCAUCACUCCGAGGCGGCUAAUUACUGGGCCAAUGAGCUUGUGACUUGGUACGAAAAAGUCAAGUUCGACGGCGUGUGGUACGACAUGGGCGAAGUAUCGUCUUUCUGCGUGGGAAGCUGCGGGUCUCAGAACCGGACACUUAACCCGGCACAUCCGCCUUUUAAGCUGCCCGGGGAACAUGGAAAUAUAGUGUUUGAGUACCCUGAAGGGUUUGAGAGGUCCAACGCAACUGAAGCUGCCUCCGCAUCCGCUGCUUCUUCCAGCCAGGCCUCGGCCACAGAAACUUCGACCUCUGCUACCAGCUCAUACCUGCGGACAUCGCCCACGCCGGGGGUCCGUAAUAUCAACCACCCACCUUAUGUGAUCAACCAUGUUCAAACCGGCCAUGACCUUGCUGUGCAUGCAGUCUCACCAAACGCAACCCACGUAGAUGGUUAUCACGAAUAUGAUGUACAUAGUCUUUAUGGACAUAUGGGCAUCCGAGCCACCUACCAAGGCUUGACACAAAUAUGGCCGAAGAAGCGUCCAUUCAUCAUUGCGCGGUCAACCUUUUCCGGGUCCGGAAGAUGGGCAGGUCACUGGGGCGGUGACAACUAUUCAAAAUGGUCGUCCAUGUACUUUUCGAUCUCGCAGGCGUUACAGUUUUCUCUCUUCGGCAUACCGAUGUUCGGAGUUGAUACGUGCGGCUUUAGUUACAAUAGCGACGAGGAACUUUGCAACCGGUGGAUGCAACUUUCGGCCUUUUUCCCAUUCUAUCGCAAUCAUAAUGUCCUUGGGGCCAUUUCCCAGGAGCCUUAUCGAUGGGCCUCAGUCAUCGAUGCGUCCAAGGCAGCAAUGAAGAUCCGGUACGCCCUACUGCCGUAUUUCUAUACGUUGAUGCAGAACGCGCACACUGCAGGGUCCACCGUUAUGCGGGCGCUGGCUUGGGAGUUUCCCAAUGAUCCUACGCUCGCUGCGAUUGACAACCAGUUUCUAGUCGGGCCGUCUAUCCUGGUGAUUCCCGUUCUUGAGCCACAGGUCGACACCGUUAAGGGUGUUUUCCCAGGCGUUGGACAAGGAGAGAUAUGGUACGAUUGGUACACGCGGACCGCGGUGGAUGCACAGCCUGGAGUCAACACAACAAUCCAAGCGCCACUUGGCCACAUUCCUGUUUAUGUUCGGGGCGGAAGCAUCCUUCCGAUGCAAGAGCUAGCCCUGACAAUUAGAGACGCUCGUCAGACGCCGUGGGCAUUGCUAGCCGCGUUAGGUAGCGACGGAACUGCGUCAGGACAGCUAUACCUGGACGAUGGGGAAAGCCUCUAUCCAGAUUCUACUCUUAACGUCGACUUUGAGGCAUCCGGAUCGAGCGUUAGGGUUUCGGCAGAUGGUGGUUGGGAGGAAGCCAACCCAUUGGCAAACGUAACCAUUCUGGGCAUCUCUAACGAGCCGUCCUUCGUAAGCUUCAACGGCCAGCAGGUGCCUGCAGAUUAUGACGCUGUGUCGCGGGCUCUAUUUGUAACGGGGCUGGAUCAAUUUACGAAUAAUGGAGCAUGGGGCGAAGACUGGACUCUUGAGUGGGAAUGA